AUGUCCGCUUUCGAUUGGGCCAACGAAUCCGAGGUUCAGGAGGUGCUCGAGCAGAUAAGGAAGAGCGACUCCAACACUAAGUGGGCCGUGUUCGGGUAUGAGGGUGACAAGACCGUGAAGCUCGUCCAGUCCGGUCCCGGCGGUCUGGAGGACUUCCGCUCGCUGCUCACCGACGACGACAUCUUCUACGUCGUCUACUCACUCGAGGUCAAGGACCAGGACGAGGGCGGAGAGGUGUUCUCGGCCACGAAGGUGAUCUUCAUCACGUGGGUGGGCACCAAGUGCAAGCCCAUGCUCAAGGCCAAGUCCUCGCAGCACCGCCUGCCCAUCUACAAAUACGCUCUGAGGUCGCUCCAGCUGGCCGCCGAGCUCCAGAUCCUCGAGCCCGAGGACCUGACCGAGGCCAACAUCCUGGGCAAGCUCCGCGGCACCCACGUCGAGGCCGAGGGCGUGCCCGCCGCCUCCACCGGCGGCUCCGGCGGCGCCGCCGCUGCCGCCUCCGCCCCCGCCACCACCUCCUCCAGCUCAGCCCUCCCCUCCACCUCCAGGGCUUCGUUUGUGAGGAAGGACCAGUCGACCACCCACGUGGCCUUCAAGGGCACGUCCAACGUCAACACCGACGCCAACCUCAGCUUCGUCAACCCCGACGAGGCCAACGGUCUGCUGGCCGACGUCAGGAACGACGGCACGCCCACCAACUGGGUGCUGUUCGGCCACGAGGGCAAGAGCCUGAAGGUGCUCGGCUCCGGCAGCGGCGGCUACACCGAGCUCGAGGGCUUCUUCCAGGACGAGGAGAUCGUCUACGGCGUGCUGGGCCUCGAGGUGGCCGAUGAGGACGGCGGCAGCGAGUACAAGACCACCAAGUACAUCUUCAUCUCGUGGGUCGGCCCCAAGGUGAAGCCCCUCACCAAGGCCCGCUCCUCCCAAGUGCGCGUUGCCCUCUACAAGCAUGCCAAGAACCACCUCCAGCUGGCCGCUGAGAUUCAGGCCCUCGAGCGCUCCGAGAUCUCGGAGGAGCUCAUCAAGCAGAAGCUCAACGCCACCUUCUAA